CACGGACUCGCAGGACACGGAGCAGGCUGCCUGACGAAGCCUGACGCCAGGCGCGCGCCCCGGCCCGCCCACUGCGGCGCCUCACCGCUCCGCUUCGCCCGCCCCACGUCCCGGUUUCCACAGAGACACGUCACCUACGUACCGUGCGUCGCCUUGGAAACAGCAGCUGGGCGCGCGGCCGGAGCCGCGCCCCCGCCGCACUCGCGGGCGCCGCCCGUGCCUGGCUGGGGAGGGGGGUGUCCCGAGCCCCGGACCGCGGCCUCAGCCUGGACGGCACCGGCGGGCGCGCGCUGCACGGGGUGCGCCGACUCGGGAACAGCCCCGAGGCGAGGUGGGCAGGGCGCGCGCGGUAGGCGCCGGCCCCGGGACCCCCGCAGCCGCUGCCCCACGCAUCGGAGCUGGACGCGCCCCCGACCCCAUGGAGGACGGCCCGCUGGAGCUCAUGACCAAGGACAGCGGCGACGUGCCGGCGCCCCUGGAGGUGUCCAGCGUGCCGGCCGUGGGCGACGUGCUCUCGGGCGAGUACAACGGCGGCAUGAAGGAGCUGAUGGAGCACCUGAAGGCGCAGCUGCAGGCCCUGUUCGAGGACGUGCGGGCCAUGCGGGGCGCCCUGGACGAGCAGGCCUCGCACAUCCAGGUGCUCUCGGACGACGUGUGCGCGAACCAGCGAGCCAUCGUGUCCAUGUGCCGGAUCAUGACCACGGCACCACGCCAGGGCGGCCAGGGGCGUUGCGCUGGCAACCCCCGGGAGCCCGAGUGCCCUGUGCCGGAGGCAGUCGCCAGCGAGGACCCGGAGGACGGGGACGCGGAGGAGAAGGAGCGGCCCCGCCCCGCCGCUCCCACCGGUGGCCGGGAGCGCCCAGAGAGCUCUGGCGCAGGCAGCAAGGCUGCGCUGCCGCUGGAGCCGCGGGACCCGCCUGACGCCCUGCUGCGGCUCGGGGGUGAGGCCUCGCUGUGAGCUCCCGGGGGCUUCCCGGCCGUAGUGGGUCGGACACCGCCCUCCGACGGCUGCUCACGGGCAGGGCCGAGGGACGCCUUGGCGGCUGGGGUCUGCAGGGCGCUGGCUCGUGGGAGCUCAGACCGCAGCUCUCGCUACCCGCCACGAGACCCUGGCGGGUUGUGCAAAGGUGAGCUUCCGCGAGAGGACGGCCGGAGGACCCCUGGCCUAUGUACAUAGAACCCUGCCUUUUCUAUUCCAAACAAGGACUCCUCUGGGACUACAGCCGACAGUCUCCAACCAUUUACAUAGAAAUUAAGGAGGUCCGGGGGUUUGGAAGUCGCCACCCCGCCCCGGCUCCCCGAGUCUGCGCUGUGAUUGGUAAAGCGGAAUGGGGUUCCCAGGGCGCUCCGGGAGGAGCUGGCCGCGAAUAUGCAUGAAGACACAGUAAUAGGUCAGCCUCUGGAUUGUGCACGGGAUCGCUUUUCCUCUCUCUGGGGUUAGAGAAUAAAGGCUCCCACUCUCUCGCAGGCAGCAGAGACCAAGGGGGACGUUUGAGGCACUCUCGGAGCUGCAGCCGAACUGUCUCUCCUGGCCACACCUGCUUAGCUGCAGUUCCCUUUGCUGUCAGUGUGCCCCUGCCCACUGCCUCUCCGUGUCGCCUCCAUCGUGUCCGUGUCCACUGUACAGUAGUGUGUGAGCCCCGAGGGACAGGGCUGUGGCUGUGGUGUUAGUUCAGGAAGCUUCAGACCCUCCCGUGAGCCCCCAAGUGUCGUGGCGCUUCCCUUCCUCCCCCCAACCCACCCAGGGCAUGGAGCAUGUUGCUGUCCUGAGGUCCCUGAACCGAUGUGCCUCCCUCCUCCUGAGUGAUGACCACGUGCCCUUCCUCUGUGUACCUCUCCUCGGCGCUGUCCUUGUGUUAACCUCAAUAAAAAGGCAUCAUCUUUC